AUGAAGAUUGAUUACGAGCAAUUGCGCAAACUCUACGAUGAGACGUGCCGCACAAAGAAUGUGCAGUACAGUUACGGUACGGCCGGGUUCAGGACGCUGGCCAAGGACUUGGACACGGUGAUGUUCACCACUGGUAUACUGGCCGUGCUCAGGUCGCUGAAACUCCAGGGCCAGUACGUCGGGGUCAUGAUCACGGCGUCGCACAACCCGUACCAGGACAAUGGGGUCAAGAUCGUGGAACCGGAUGGAUCGAUGCUGUUGGCCAGCUGGGAGCCGUAUGCCAUGCAGCUGGCCAACGCUGCCUCGUUUGCAACCCAUUUCGAAGAGUUCUAUGCUGAGCUGGUCAAGUUGAUCGAGCUCGAAAAGAUUGAUUUGGGCGCUAGCAACGUUGCGCCGCACAUUGUGGUCGGAAGAGACUCCAGGGAAAGCAGUCCCUAUUUGCUACGUUGUUUGACCUCCACCAUGGCCAGCGUCUUCCACGCGCGAGUCUUGGACCUGGGUUGUGUCACUACGCCCCAAUUGCAUUACAUCACCGAUUUGUCCAACAGGCGCGAGCGAGAAGGCGACUCUGCACUCGCAGCGGCCACAGAGCAAGACUACUAUUCGUUCUUUAUCGGCGCCUUUAACGAACUCUUCACCACGUAUGACAUGGAGAAGAGGCUUUCUGUGCCCAAGUUGUUCAUCGAUACAGCGAACGGCAUUGGCGGUCCGCAAUUGAAAAAAUUGUUGGCCUCCAAGGAUUGGGUCGUGCCAUCGGACCAGAUCGAGAUCAUCAAUGACAAGUCGGAUGUUCCGAAAUUACUGAAUUCCGAGUGUGGCGCCGAUUAUGUAAAGACCAACCAGAGGCUGCCCAAGGGUCUCUCUCCAUCUUCGUUUGAGUCGCUAUAUUGCUCCUUCGACGGUGAUGCGGACAGGGUCGUAUUCUACUAUGUUGACUCUGAAUUGAAGUUCCAUCUGUUAGACGGUGACAAAAUUUCCACUUUGUUUGCGAAAUUCCUGUCUAAGCAACUGGAAAUGGCUAACUUGGAGCGUUCUUUGAAGAUCGGUGUGGUGCAAACUGCCUAUGCGAACGGUAGUUCCACCGCUUAUAUCAAGGAUACGUUGCAUUGUCCCGUGUCGUGCACCAAGACGGGUGUCAAGCAUUUGCACCACGAAGCUGCCACCCAGUACGAUAUCGGUAUUUAUUUUGAGGCAAAUGGUCAUGGUACAAUCAUCUUCAGCGAAAAAUUCCAUCAGACCAUCGAAUCGGAACUAUCCAAACCAAAUGGUCAUACGUUAGCUUUGAAAACUUUGAGCUGUUUUGCUAAAUUAAUCAAUCAGACCGUGGGAGAUGCGAUGUCCGAUAUGUUGGCGGUUCUUGCCACUCUGGCGAUUUUGAAAAUGGCCCCAAUGAAUUGGGAUGAAGAGUAUAAGGAUUUGCCCAACAAGUUGGUCAAAUGUAUCGUUCCCGACAGAUCGAUUUUCCAAACCACGGAUCAGGAAAGGAAACUGCAAAAUCCGGUGGGCCUGCAAAGCAAGAUAGACUCUGUGAUAGCCAAGUAUCCAAUGGGGAGGAGUUUUGUCCGGGCCAGUGGUACUGAGGAUGCAGUCAGAGUCUAUGCGGAAUGUCAGGACAUGUCUAAAUUAGACCAGUUCUGCAACGAAAUCGUGGGGUACGUCAAAGCAUCUGUCUGA